UUUCUUCUUCUUUUGCUUCUCUCUCACAUCGUUCUCGUGAGCUUCUCUCCGUUUCUCACGUUCUCUAAUAUCUGUUACGCAUUUCUCUCCCUCCCUCUCUCUCUCUCUCUCUCUCUCUCUCUCUCAGCUUCAACGGUAACGACGUCGAUCUCGUUAGUUCUAACGGUUUCGCCGUAGAGUCAAGGUUGUAACCGUCACUGAACCGCUGCGAGUAGUAGCUGCUGCUGCUUCUACUUAUUCUUCGGAGUUUUGCAGUGGUGACGAUGGCGUUGGCAGAUGAGAAGGACGAUGAAGUGGUUGUUCCGCAGAAGAAGAUCACGAUUGGAGUCUGCGUGAUGGAAAAGAAGGUGAAAUGUGACUCAGAGGUUUUCUCUGCGCCUAUGGAGCAGAUUCUUCAGAGGUUACGAGCCUUUGGUGAAUUUGAGGUCAUAUAUUUUGGAGACAAGGUCAUCCUCGAAGAUCCAAUAGAGAGUUGGCCAAUAUGUGAUUGUUUGAUUGCUUUCCAUUCCUCUGGAUAUCCCCUCGAAAAGGCAGAGGCGUAUGCUGCUUUAAGAAAACCUUUUCUAGUAAAUGAACUGGAGCCCCAACACCUUCUUCAUGAUCGAAGAAAAGUAUACGAGCGUCUUGAAAUGUUUGGAAUCCCUGUUCCAAGAUAUGCCCUUGUUAAUAGGGAAGUGCCAUACCAAGAGUUGGAUUACUUUGUUGAGGAAGAGGAUUUUGUUGAAGUUCAUGGCAUGCGAUUUUGGAAGCCAUUUGUGGAGAAGCCUAUUGAUGGUGAUAAUCAUAGUAUAAUGAUAUACUAUCCCAGUUCAGCUGGUGGAGGCAUGAAGAAAUUAUUUCGGAAGGUUGGCAACCGUUCUAGUGAGUUCCAGCCGGAGGUGAGAAGAGUGAGGCGUGAAGGCUCCUAUAUUUAUGAGGAAUUCAUGCCAACUGGAGGGACAGAUGUUAAGGUGUAUACAGUAGGCCCUGAGUAUGCUCAUGCUGAAGCCAGGAAGUCUCCAGUUGUUGAUGGUGUCGUUAUGAGAAAUCCUGAUGGGAAGGAAGUCAGGUAUCCAGUGUUAUUAACCCCUACUGAGAAACAAAUGGCAAGAGAGGUUUGCAUUGCAUUCAGGCAAGCGGUUUGCGGGUUUGACCUCUUGAGAUGUGAGGGACGCUCUUAUGUUUGUGAUGUCAAUGGAUGGAGCUUCGUUAAAAACUCAUACAAGUAUUAUGAUGAUGCUGCCUGUGUUCUGCGAAAGAUGUUCUUAGAUGCAAAAGCACCUCAUCUUUCUUCAGCAAUUCCACCAACCUUGCCAUGGAAAGUAAAUGAACCGGUCCAACCGACAGAGGGACUUACUCGUCAGGGAAGUGGUAUUAUUGGGACUUUUGGACAAUCUGAAGAAUUACGUUGUGUAAUUGCUGUUAUUCGCCAUGGUGAUAGAACCCCUAAACAGAAGGUGAAGCUAAAAGUUACCGAGGAAAGGCUGCUGAACUUGAUGUUGAAAUACAAUGGAGGCCGACCUAGGGCUGAAACCAAACUUAAAAGUGCCGUUCAGCUGCAAGAUCUAUUAGAUGCCACACGCAUUCUUGUGCCUCGCGUUAGGCCUGAUCGGGAAAGUGAUAGUGAGGCUGAAGUUGAGCAUGCUGAAAAGCUCCGUCAAGUUAAAGCAGUUCUUGAGGAGGGAGGACAUUUCUCUGGGAUAUAUAGGAAAGUUCAGUUAAAGCCACUAAAGUGGGUCAAAGUCACAAAAGGAAAUGGUGAAGGUGAAGAAGAACGACCAGUUGAAGCUCUAAUGGUUCUUAAAUAUGGCGGUGUUCUUACACAUGCUGGAAGAAAGCAGGCUGAAGAACUAGGAAGAUAUUUUCGAAAUAAUAUGUAUCCAGGAGAAGGUACAGGGCUGCUUCGCCUCCAUAGUACGUAUCGCCAUGAUCUUAAGAUUUAUAGCUCUGAUGAAGGUCGUGUACAGAUGUCUGCAGCCGCUUUUGCAAAAGGUCUUCUUGAUCUAGAAGGACAGCUAACACCAAUCCUGGUUUCCCUUGUUAGCAAGGACUCUUCCAUGCUGGAUGGGCUUGACAAUGCUAGUAUUGAAAUGAAAGAAGCCAAGGCCCGUCUGAAUGAAAUCAUUACUUCUAGUUCGAAGGCCAUUCAUAGCAACGGAUCACCUGAAUUUCCCUGGAUGGCUGAUGGAGCUGGAUUGCCACCCAAUGCUUCAGAAUUACUUCCCAAGUUGGUAGAAUUGACUAAGAAGGUUACUGAGCAAGUACGACUACUUGCUAAGGAUGAAGAUGAGAAACUUACAGAAGCAGGCUCGUACGAUGUAAUUCCUCCUUAUGACCAAGCAAAAGCACUUGGGAAGACAAAUAUUGAUGUUGAUCGUAUAGCAGCUGGAUUACCAUGUGGUAGUGAAGGGUUUCUAUUAAUGUAUGCUCGGUGGAAAAAACUUGAAAGAGACUUGUACAAUGAACGGAAGGAGCGCUUUGACAUCACCCAAAUUCCUGAUGUCUAUGAUUCAUGCAAAUAUGAUCUAUUGCACAAUGCGCAUCUUAAUCUAGAGGGACUGGACGAGCUAUUUAGAGUUGCUCAGGCACUUGCUGAUGGUGUAAUUCCAAAUGAAUAUGGAAUUAAUCCAAAGCAGAAGCUGAAGAUCGGUUCAGAGAUUGCUCGUCGAUUAUUGGGUAAAAUUUUAAUUGAUAUGAGGAAUACUCGGGAGGAAGCUAUCAGUGUUGCUGAAUUAAAGAGUAACCAAGACAAUGAUACAUCGGCGAUGAAAACUGAGAAGGAAGAUACAGAGGCCAAGUCAAAACAUCAUAAGAAUGGUGAAAUGGCCAGAAAAUCAAGCACUUUCAGUGAUAUAUCAAUGGAUCAAGACGACGAUGAUGAUAAGGAGACCAAAUAUCGUUUAGAUCCAAAGUAUGCAAAUGUGAAGACUCCUGAACGCCAUGUGCGAACACGCCUAUACUUCACAUCUGAAUCACAUAUCCAUUCUCUCAUGAAUGUUCUUCGAUAUUGUAAUUUGGAUGAAUCUCUUCAAGAAGAAGAGAGCCUUGUUUGUCAUAAUGCUCUCGACCGCCUAUAUAAAACAAAGGAGCUGGACUACAUGAGUUACAUUGUGCUGAGAAUGUUUGAGAACACAGAGGUCGAUCUAGAAGAUCCAAAAAGGUUCCGCAUAGAGCUGACCUUCAGCCGGGGUGCUGAUUUAUCGCCGUUGGAGCAGAAGAACGAUAGUGAGGCUGCUUCGUUGCACCAGGAGCACACACUGCCUAUUAUGGGUCCUGAAAGGCUUCAAGAAAUAGGAUCAUACCUCACAUUUGAAAAGAUGGAAAUGAUGAUUCAUCCAUUUGCUAUGCCUGCAGAAGACUUUCCUCCGCCAACAACACCUGCCGGAUUCUCUGGCUAUUUCUCGAAAAGUGUGCUCGAGCGUCUGGUAAAUCUUUGGCCUUUCCAUAAGCAUGCCAAUACUAAUGGGAAAUAGUUAAUUCAGACUUCCAUUUCUACAAGUUAGGGUCUUCCUGUCUUGUGUUUCUUGUAAAUAUAAAACUUCUGGAAAAAACGAAGCAAGCUUUGCCUUGCCUGGAAAAAAUUUUGGAGCAUAUCACAUCCCUUUAACGAAUGUUGGUAGAAAGCACGCAUGGUGUCCUUUUCUUUUUUCCACCCAAGGUUCUAUUACUUUCUUCUCGACAAAAUAGGAAGCAACUAGCGUAAGGAGAACCAAUUUAUCCAAGCACUAACUAAUAAUUUACCCAAUUCUUCUGAAGCAAGUAUAGAGGGAAAACUAGAAUACGACCGUCUUUCAAAAUUGUACGAUGUGUGAUUAUGUCAAAGCGAUUACUGUUUUCUUUAUGAAGUGUUAUUUUAAUUAUCACCAAUUUGAAGCCUCAGUAUAAUACCGUGUUUGGUUAGUGAGUUUGUCUAUUUAAUAUCUAAAUAUGGUGGCACACAAAGCACUAACUAAUAAUUUACCCAAUUCUUCUGAAGCAAGUAUAGAGGGAAAAC